AGUCAGGGGAGUAAGAAGACUUCGCCCGGCCGCCGCUCGCCGCCAGCGCUCUCAGCCGACGUCCGAGCGGUCCGGCCACACUUGCUGCACAUCUUCAGUUGACGAGCAACGUUUGGCCAGCAGCAGCAAGGACGGCUCUAGUUGACACAAUGGAGAGAUCUGAGUGGCACCUCCACCUCCUGCCCCAACUGCGGGUCGAAAUGGAGCAGCGAGGCCUGCUCUCCCCGCUGCUGUGGGUGCCCAUGGACGCAGUCGGCCAGAUCUGCUAUGAUAAAAUGGUCGAUAUGUUGUUUUUCGCGCCCAGUGAUUGGGAUGCCCUGAUGGGGUCUCUAGCGACCCUCGCAAGAAAUGUGUUCAUGAAGAAGCUGAACUACGCUGCAUGUCGUGGCGCCACCCGGACAAGGCCGUGCUGCUGCACGGUGCGGUCCGCCUGUCUCACACGCCCUUCACCGUCGUGGAGUUCGCCACCCUCCUGGCCAUGUCGUCGAACUCUAGAGCGGUGGAGUUGGCGGCCAAGCUUAUAACUUGUGCAGUUCAAGAGUGGUCCGAGAACAUCUACGUCAACACGUCGUACGUGACGCUGCUGCUCACCUCGAACUGCAGGAGCCUCUUGUCGCUGGAGACCGCGCUGGAGUGCCUCGGGCGUGCGCGCAAGCUGGCUCCCAACAGCCCCCUUCUCUCGGGCUACUACUGGAGCCUGCACGACAUACAGCGCGCCGGCGGCCAGCUGUCGCCGAUCCUCGAGGAGAGCGCCGAGGACAUGAUCGCGAGGGGCAUUGGCCAGUGGGACGCGGCCAAGGAGGCCAGGAUGCGUGAGCUCGCCGCCCAGCUGUACCCUGGCGCGGCGGUUGUGAAGACAUCCACGGCCUCCCAGCUCCUCGCGGCGCCGCCGCAAGAACAGCCAUCGCCCACCCUCGCCGGGGAAGACCUAAGCCCGGCCAUGCGCUCGCCGAAUCUCUGGGGCCCGGCGGCACCUCGAAGAGCACCAGUGCGGAGGUCGGCGACCCCGCCACUGCCGUCGUCGAAGAUGACCACACCGGUGACAAGCCCGGUGACGACCCCGUCGACCACCCCGGCCACCUCCCCGUCAUCAUCCCCGCCUUCAGGGCGCCGAUUGAGAACUCAGACGCAAAUCGGCACCCUGCGCAUGCCGCUGACCAAGCCUGCUGCACCUGACGCCCCUUCGGCUGCACCCGACGCCCCUUCGGCUGCACCUGACGCCCCUUCGGCUGCACCUGCAUACCGGCUGUCUGUGCCACCCCCACCGCCCUCACUUCGAGAACGGACUGCUGCACCGAGCCCUGCUCCUCCUGCCGCUGCACCGAGCCCUGCUCCUCCUGCCGCUGCACCGAGCCCUGCUCCUCCUGCCGCUGCACCGAGCCCUGCCCCUCCUGCCGCUGCACCGAGCACUGCUGCUGCACGGAUCACAGCUGCUGCACAGAAUAUACCGUGGGCGUCAUGGACGAGCCGCUCUGCCCCGUUAACACCACCUCCAACUCCUUCCCCUCCGCGUGAGGGGUCGUUGAGUGAAGAAGCUGACACCGUACCUCUCUGGCGGCGCCCGACUGGCGCCGGUCUGACCGAGGUAAGGUCCAGAUGGCGAACAUCGCCUGCAUCCAUGGGAUCUUCGGCUUUAACCAUAGUAAUGUCUGAAUCCUUGGCCACCAAGUCUUCGUCCAAAGUGACCUCUGCCCCCAUGGCAGGGAAGCCUGCUAUUGUCAACUGUGUAUGUACGAGCAGUUGUGCUCUAUUAACUUAUAAAAGUUAUGGAACCCUUCGCCCUGGUGCGUCCAUACCUAAACUUUGCUCUUUGAAGUAAAUUUUCAAUUUUUAUUAAGUACUGUGUUGUAUGUAAUUGAAGUAUGCAAUGUUUUGUACAUUAUCCAAACUGACUGACUUUGUCUUUGUGAAAUUUUAUACCUGUAAGAGUUAAGACUUGCCUCUAAAAGAAAAAAAAAAUAACAACUGUUUAAACCAAACAAUCAUGUAAUUAGCACAGGAGGCAUUAUUUCUAAUAAAUGAAAUUGUAUUGUCAUCCA